AGUGAGCAAAUGUUGAAGUAAUUGUAGAUUUGGUAAUUUCAUUUAUAGAAGAAAAUGUCUGAAUGGAUCUGUUUAUUUGCGUGGUCCACUGGCUGUUUGAAUAUGUGGACUUUGCUUGUUGUUAGAAAUCUGAUCAGGUUUCUGGGCUUUGCUCAUUAUGGUAGUAUGCAUUCAGUGUAUCUGAUGUGUAGCUGUUUCUCUUUCCCCGUGAAUGCACUCAAAAUGUAAGGCUAAAAAAGGCUGGCACUCACUGUUGUGUGACGGGAAGAUUUUAGAUGGAAAUGGCUGGAUUGCCUGGAUUAAGAACAUUUCAAAUAAUCACAAUCUCAGGCCACAGAGGGAUUUUCUCAGACUUAAACUUUUGAGGUUAUUGUUACUUGUACAAUAGUGACGGUAGAGAUUAGGGCUGGGUGGUUAAUAACAUUUUAUUUUCAGUUACGAUUUUGACUUCCAGUGAUUUAUGAAAACAAGAUAAUCGAGAUUUGAAACAGUUGUUGCAGAGAUUGAAUCUUCUCCCGGCUGAUGUACACUCAUCACUCGCACGUUUGCUGCAGCUAGAUUAUAACAUGAUGGCUCGUGACAUAGUGAAUCAUAUUAUAUGUGUCACAUUCACUGUGUGUAUCUUAUCAUGAAGAAAAUCGGUGAUAUGCAGCUCUAUUUAGAAGUGUUUGUUUUUUGUGAGUUAAGCAUGGAUCGAUGUGAACAAAGGUUAGAGAGUGUAGUCUUAGCCCAUUAUACACUGGAACAAAAUACAUUUUUGAUUAGUCUUUUUUUUUUUUGCUUGUUUUCCAAAAUAAUAUCUAAAACUCCUUUAAAACAACGUACAUUUACUUUAGGAGCUAUACUGCAGAAGAGAAAAUUGUUAUUGGAGAAUGUUGAAUAUAAGAUUUAAUCAGGGCUCGACAUUUACAAUGCUUGUCCGGGACAAGUGAAUUUUUGAAGGGGCAAGUGAAAAGAAUUUUACUUGCCCGACCGGAUAAACAGACUGAUUAAAACAUCAAUAAUGAAAAAAUAACUGGCUAUAUUUGUGAUAGCCUAGGCCUAUGUCACUUAUUAGAAAGUUCAUAUUCUUAUUCUGCUGUUGAAAGUAAUCCAGAGCAUGUAAUUUUAUAAUUCGCUAGCGAUCUAGUAACAGCUUCGCCCUGUUUGAUUGACGAGCGGCGUGUGUGCGCUGAACAUGCUCCGAAACGUGUUCCGAAAAUGCACGCGCUAAUGCGCGCCUGAAUGGUCAAAUACAUUUUAAAAUUUCGCCAAAGUGCCCUUCUUGGUGAGGUCUUCUUGUAAACACAGAGAUUGAUGUCUAAAGUGAACGUAUCUAUUGCGAGCUUUGGAUUAAAAUGUCGGACUUGUAAGUGUAAAUUUAAGCUAAUAGACCUGCUGCCGUCUAGUGUGUCAUUAUAAUAACCAUAACAAGAAAACACUCACUGCUCUUGACUGAAUAACUUUAGUAGUUUUAAAAAGUAUUAAUGUAUUAUAAUCAUAUAGUAAAGACCAGUAGUAGUUUUUGUAUUGAUUAAUAGUGACUAUGAUUUUUGUCAUAAUCGAGCAGCCCUAGUAGAGAUGCACCAAUGUAUUGGACAAGCAAAUGUAUCAUCCGAUAAAAGCAAUUAUCUGCGUUACUGGACAUCGACCGAUUGUUUAAAAACACCUGAUGAUCAGGGCCGAUAAGGCUUUUUUCUGUCAAAACACCUGCAACCUGUGUUGUGUGAAAGAAAAUUCUCUUGUACAGAAUUAUUUUGAAUUGGGGAACAAUGACAGCAGAGUUGCAAUUGUAAUUUUUACGCUGCUAGAAUUUUCCAAGGUGGAAAAAAUAUUUAACAACUCAUUUGAUUACUCACAUUAAAGCUCGACACAGCAAGCAAUGUGAUUGUUAAAGCUAAAUCGGAGGCUGCUUCAGCUAAAAAGGGACAAGCUAAGCAAUUCAGUUAAUGCAAGUUAUUAAUGUGCUUUUUUUUUAUUUUAUUUUUUAUAAUCGAGACCAGUUAGCUAUCUCUGAAACAUGGAAGACACAGUCUUAGAAAAUAAGGUUAUUUUUACAAUUUAUUUUGAAGUUUUGUAAUUAGCAGUGAUUUGAAACAAGGUAACAUAAAAAAGCAGAACCAGCAAACUAUAGUCAUCGGCAGAUGUUUUACUAAAUAAUCACAUAUCGGUAUCGGCGCACAAAUUUUGUAUCAGUGCAUCCUUUGUGGCAGUUUAUCUCUUUCGUAAAAUAUUUAUCUUUAUUUGUAUAGUUGCAUACUAUCCAGUAGGCCCUGUGGAUUGUGUCUGUUUCCCAUUCCACCCGCCCCUCUCAUUGAAAGUUAAUUGUGACCUAGAGGGUAACUUUUCCCGAGCAUCUUCCUGUGCUAUACUUCUCCGUAUAGUUACGGUCUGCACCGCAUAUAUAGGGUUAACAGUCUGCUCAUGAAAAGAAUGAAAAAAAAUUUUUUACAUGCUAGAGGCCAGUGCAGGUCAAGUUGGUUAUGCUAUUGUUUGUUAAAUGUCUCAUUAGUCUGAUUAUUAGAGGUUGACCAAUAGUGGGUUUUGCUGAUACUGAUAAUUAAGGUGGGAAAACAGACCAAUAGCCGAUUAAUCGGCUGACAGUUGUAAAAAUGUAUAAUAUAAAUGAAAACUUUCCACUCAGUGUAAAAUAAUGCUGAACUUUAGUGAAUAUUACUUUCCAUGGCCAUACUUUCUCCCACACUUCAAAGCCUUUGCCAUCUGAAAUUAAUGAAAAUUUUAAUUAAAAUGUUAAAGGUCAAAUGUGUUUAUUGUUCAGCAGUAACAUAAAACACUGCCUUACAAAGCCAAAUAUCGACUGUAUGCUUCAUCACUACUGACAAUAUUUAUUAUAUUAUUUUAUCAUAUUAAAUCUAUAAAUGAUGUACAGGAAAGGGAGAGAGAAAAAGGGAUAGCAAUAAAAUCAAGUCUUGUCUUUUUAAAGGUGAAUUUUGAACAGCAUUGUCUGUAGCAGGGGUACUUAAUUUAAGUUCCAAGAGGUCCGAUCUCUCCAUUUCCUUCCCAGCAAAGGUCCGGAUAAUAAUUACUUAAUCUGUGUCAGUAGUCAGUAUGGAUAUGAGUCAUAUAUCAGACAGAUAGUUCCACUUUGCUUCAUUCUUGUUUUCUGCAAUGUGUUUAGGCAAAAGAUGCUAGUAUCCAUCUAUAUUGCUGCUCACCGUGUUUCCGCUACUGUUAACUCUACUUAACUGCACCUGCAACUCUACUUAACAGGGUUUAUGUGACACCAGUUGAAGUCAGAAGUUUAUAUACACUUAGGUUGAAGUCAUUAAAACUCAUUUUUUAACCACUCCACAGAUUUAAUAUUAGCAAACUAUAGUUUUGGCAAGUCUUUUAGGACAUCUACUUUGUGCAUGACACAAGUAAUUUUUCCAACAGUUGUUUACAGACAGAUUGUUUCACAUUUAAUUGACUCUAUCACAAUUUCAGUGGGUCAGAGGUUUACAUACACUAAGUUAUCCGUGCCUUUAAGCAGCUUGGAAAUUCCAGAAAAUGAUGUUAAGCCUUUAGACAAUUAGCCAAUUAGCUUCUGAUAGGAGGUGUACUGAAUUGGAGGUGUACCUGUGGAUGUAUUUUAAGGCCUACAUUCAAACUCAGUGCCUCUUUGCUUGACAUCAUGGGAAAAUCAAAGGAAAUCAGCCAAGACCUCAGAAAACAAAUUGUGGACCUCCACAAGUCUGGUUCAUUUCUUGGGAGCAAUUUCCAAACACUUGAAGCUACCACGUUCUAGAGGUCGACCGAUAGUGGAUUUUACCAAUACCGAUAACUAAGUUGGGCAGUAACUGCCGAUAACCGAUUAAUCAACCGAUAGUUUUUAAAAUUGAUACUGAAUGAAAAAAGAACACUCAAAGUAAAAUAGUGUUGAACUUUAUUACAAAAAUAAACAGUACUGACUGAACCAUGGAAAUGGAUUGUACCUCCUUGCUCGCACAUACUUUUUCAGUUCUACCCACAAAUUUUCUAUCGGAUUGAGGUCAGGGCUUUGUGUUGGCCACUCCAGUACCUUGACUUUGUUGUACUUAAGCCAUUUUGCCACAACUUUGGAGGUAUGCUUGGGGUCAUUGUCCGUUUGGAAGACCCAUUUGUGACCAAGCUUUAACUUCCUGGCUGAUUUCUUGAGAUGUUGCUUCAAUAUAUUCACAUAAAUUUCCUUCCUCAUGAUGCCAUCUAUUUUGUGAAGUGCACCAGUCCCUCCUGCAGCAAAGCACCCCCACAACAUGAUGCUGCCACCCCCAUGCUUCACGGUUGGGAUGGUGUUCUUCAGCUUGCAAGCCUCACCCUUUUUCCUCCAAACAUAACAAUGGUCAUUAUGGCCAAACAGUUAAAUUUUUGUUUCAUUAGACCAGAGGACAUUUCUCCAAAAAGUAAGAUCUUUGUCCCUGUGUGCACUUGCAAACUGUAGUCUAUUUUUUUUUUAAAUUUUUUAAAUUGUGGCGGUUUGAGCUGUGGCUUCUUCCUUGCUGAGCAGCCUUUCAGGUUAUGUCGAUAUAGGACUCGUUUUACUGUGGAUAUAGAUACUUGUCUACCUGUUUCCUCCAGCAUCUUCACAAGGUCCUUUGCUUUUGUUCUGGGAUUGAUUUGCCCUUUUUGCACCAAACUACGUUAAUCACUAGGAGACCGAAUGCAUCUGCUUCCUGAUCGGUAUGAUGGCUGCGUGGUCCCAUGGCAUUUAUACUUGCGAACUAUUUAGGGAUGAUCCGAUCCACGUCAUCGGUAUCGGGCCGAUACUGGCCCAGAACGCGAGAUCGGAGGGGAGAAAAAAAUAUGAUCCGAUACCUAUCCAACACAAACCAUGGGAAAAUCUAGCUUAAACCAUCGCCUAAAUGCUUGUAUGUUAGCAUUUCCUGUGCUGCGACAUCCAGUUAUGUGGCGCAGCCUGUCACGUGAUAACAGUAGUAGCCAAUUAUAGUAACAUCAGUAUGAUAGUUAGCUAACUUAAAGAAUAGUCAUGUCAGCGGUGUGGAAGUAUUUUAACCUUAAAGAGGAAAAAAGCAAUGCGUUAUGCAAUGGUCGAAUGCAAAAUUUGCAACGCAAAUGUUUCGAGGGGUGGCAGUGCUGUUGGUCGGUUUAACACCACAAACUUAAGCAUUUGGAAAAACACCACACGGAACAACACCAGGAAUUACUGCAAGCAACAGCUGCAAAGAAGAGCAAAACGCCCCAACAGCAGACAUUGUUGGAAUCAAUAAAAAGUCGAGAGACACUCCCCCCAUGCAGCAAAAAGGCGAAAUUGAUAACGGAGAAACUAGUUCAGUUUAUUGUCCUGGACGACCAACCCCUAUCGGUGGUAGAAAAUGUGGGGUUUCGACGCUUAAUUGAGCAUCUCGAGCCUUGCUACGCUUUGCCCAGUCGCCAAUAUAUAACGGAAAAGGUCAUCCCUCAUAUGCACAAUGAAGUUUGCGAUUUCCUCUCCAAACUCUUGGAGAAUGUAGGUGCAGUUAGUCUCACAACAGACAUCUGGAGCUCAGACGUGAGUUCAAUGUCCUUGUUGAGUCUGACCGCGCAAUGGAUAGACAUUGAGGAGAUGCUGCGUGAAGAAUGGAAGAUGAAUAAAAACAGUCCAUGUAGUUUUAAAGGACAAUGCCAAAAACAUGAAGAAGGCCAUGGAUCAACUUGGCGUGGUGAGUUUAGGAUGCUUCGCGGGCACACUGCAGCUAAUUGUACAUGAGUGACUGUUGUCGCAACGCAGUGUGAUGCAUUGCCCAAUGCAAGAAAAAUUGUAGGCCACUUUAAACACUCACCCCUUGCCUAUUCACGGUUAGAAGACAUCCAAGUAGAGCUAAAUAUGCAGCCUAAGCGUCUGCAGCAGGACGUCCAAACUAAAUGGAACAGCACCCAGUACAUGAUUGAAAGCCUCAUUGCGCAAAAACGGACACUAUCUGCAUAUACAGCUGAAUACGACCUGCCAGCCACACUGACAGCAAACCAGUUGGGGCUGUUGGAGAAGGCUUCCACGGUUCUGGUCCCUUUUGAGGAGAUGACAAGGGAGGAGACUGCAUCCUCCGCAUCUGUAGCUGAUGUCAUCCCUAUUGUGUGUGUCCUGAAACAUGUUCUCAGUCAGGAAAAUGAGGCUGAUCAGGCGAUUAAGAUGAUUGAUUUAAUGAAAAGUACCCUCCUUGACGCAGUCAACAGAUGUUUUAAUGACGUGGAAUCUGAGCCAUUAUACUCGGUUGCUACUCUGCUGGAUCCACAUUACAAAGACAGGUACUUCACAAAUGCAGACACUUUGAGACUUGGAAAAGAAUCAUUAAUGGCAGAGGUAGGAAAGAUGGAGGAAGUGUUGAAGACUACAUCUGAAACUACAGCCUCCGAGCCAGCAGACAAAACUCCACGGAUGGAGGCUUUAGGCACAAGUACCAGCAGCCUUGGCAGCAUCUUUGAUGAAAUCCUGGAGGAGAGCCAAGUAUUACCUGUUCCUAAGAUAACCACAAGUGCACAAAUUCAAGUGGAGACCUACCUAAGUGAGGCAAAUAUUCCACGGUCAGACAAUCCCUUGCUUUACUGGAAAGUAAACCAACCUCGACUGUCCUCCCUGGCAGCCAUGGCAACUAAGUUUAUCUGUGCUCCCUGCACAAGUGUAGAGAGUGAGAGGCUCUUUAGCACAGCCUCAAAUGUUGUUGAUGAAAGGAGCAGGCUGACAUCGGAGACCACUGAAAUACUUAUCUUCCUAAAGAAAAAUCUGCCCCUCAUGGUUAUGUGAGCAAAUGUAAAACAUGUUCAAGAGCUUUGUUACAGAGAAACGGCACCUGUGAAAGGUUUUUUUUUACUUUUUUUUUUAUUUUUUUUUUUAUCAUUGUUAAAGCAGCUAUGUCAGUAAGGUUAAGGUUUAAACUGUUUAAGGUCAAGGUAAGGUUUAAAAUGUUUGUUAAUGUUAUGUUAUUUAUUUGGAAUGUUAUACAUAUGUAUGUCUUACAGUGC